UUCGAAAGACAUCUUGGACCUUUGUCUGUCUAUAUCCCCUCCUCUGUUUUUGCCCUUUUUCUCUCCUUCGUGUCUUGCUUCCAAUUUAAGGCUUCAGGACUCGGGAGAGAGAUUUUGGGGUGAGCGAUUUUUUCUCUACACCACUCGACCAUACGGCAAUGGGGUUCACUUCGUUCUUGGGAAGAGUUGUCUUCGCGUCCGUCUUCAUCCUCUCUGCGUGGCAAGAGUUUAAUGAAUUUGGCGUUGAUGGAGGGCCUGCAGCAAAGGCUCUUAGACCAAAGUACAAUGUUUUUACUGGUCAUGUUUCCUCCCAUCUUGGGGUGCAAGUUCCGCAAGUUGAACUUAAACAUAUAGUAGCUGCGACUAUUGCUCUGAAGGGGAUUGGAGGCAUUCUAUUCAUCUUUGGCAGUUCUUUUGGAGCUUAUCUUCUGCUUCUUCAUCAGUUGCUUGCAACUCCUAUUUUGUAUGACUUCUACAACUAUGAUACUGACAAGAAAGAAUUUGGUGUACUUUUUGUCAAGUUUACACAGAGUUUGGCUCUUCUUGGGGCAAUACUCUUUUUCCUGGGUAUGAAGAACUCUGUCCCAAAGAGGCAGCCCAAGAAGAAGGCUCCAAAAACAAAAACGGGUUAAAAACAGGAGAGGAACAGCAGACAGGGGAGGAACGGAAUAUCUGGUGGAGGGAAUUAGGAAGUGCAUAUUGAUGCAAGAAAUUUGUUGGGCUUCAGUUCUUGGUCUUUUGGCACACGAUUAUAUUUAUAAGCAAGGAUCUAACUGGUGGUAUUUCUGGGGAUCUCUGCUUCUGUAUUCUUGUAUCGGACCAUUUUUUUAUAUUAUUUUUUGAUCUUUUUUUUCAGUGGAGGGGAGGUAAUUUUGCUGCUUAUGGGCACUUUAUGACCUCCCUUUCAAAUUGAGGUUUAGACUGAGUUUUCUUAUGUAGUAAAAGUUUCUUCUACUUUGGUACAUUACUAGGUUGUUAUCAAGUUAUUUUUUGGGGUA